AUGGCAUCUAAAUAUCAAUUACUGGAUGAUUUUUAUUUAAAAUUAUCAAACAAAUAUGAUUCUGCUAUUAAAGGUGAGCAUAUUUUAUUCAAUGGUGAUUCAGCAAUCAAUGAAAUUGAAAAAAUUGCCAUCACUGAUGAAAAUGAUAACCAAUCUAAUACUACUGCCACUACCACUACCACUACCACUACAAUUGAUGUUCAAUUGACAUUAUUAAAAUCAUUAAUGCAUCGUCCUGAAAUUGGCACUAAACCCAAAAUUGAAUCAAGUCAAAAUCUGAAUCCAUUUCUUAAACCAGAACCAGAAUUAACUAUUGUUGAUAAUUAUAAUGAUGAUGAAUUUAAAAUUGUUUUUAAUAAAUUCCCUGUAGUUCCUCGACAUUUCAUGUUAAUUACUAAAGAAUUUAAAUCACAAAAUACUCCAUUAUCACCAUCGGAAUUAAUGGCUACUUAUAAAAUUUUACAAGCAUUGAAAAAUCAAAAUCAAAAUCAAAAUCAAAAUCAAAACCUGGAUCAAAACACCGAAAAUUGGUUUGCAUUUUAUAAUUGUGGACCAGAAAGUGGAGCAUCUCAACCUCAUAAACACAUUCAAUUCAUGACAUUACCAUCACGUGAACAAUUCAAACCAUAUGCUGAAACUCUUUUCCAAAACAAAGAGGACGAUGAACAACAACAAGAACCACAAAAGAUUGAACCAAAACAAAAUAAAGAUUUACCAUUUGCUCAUUUUUUCAUCCCUAUAGUUGCUGAUGAUGUGGUUGAUGAAGAGGAAUUGCCUAAUUUAUUUAGUUCAAUUUUACAAAAAACAUUAACUGAAUUAAGAGAAACUGAACAAACCCAUAUAUCAUAUAAUUUUAUUAUGACAUUGAAUUAUAUGUUAAUGAUUCCUAGAUCUAAAGGGAAAUAUGGUGGUGAUGAAAAUAAAGAUGAAAAUGAAGAUAAAGAUAAAUUAGGGAUUAAUUCAUGUGGAUUCCAAGGAUUGAUUUUAUGUAAAAAUCAAGAAUUAUUUGAUUUAGUUAAAUCAGUUGGGCCAUUACAAAUAUUAAAAGAUGUUGGUUUACCUAAUAGUAGUCAUAAAACUACUACUGAAUAUGAUUAUUAA